AUGCAGCUGAUCAAUCGGGGUGUAGGCGAAGAAGCAUAUCGAAGUAUCUUUGAGGCGUUUACGAAAAUACUCAGGUAUGAAGGACCAAAGGCGUUGUUCAAAGGGGCAGCAUGCCGAAUGAUGGUACUAGCACCUCUUUUUGGCAUUGCGCAAAUGGUCUACUACAUCGGAGUUGCUGAAAUUUGCCUUGGCCUCCCAAAGGCUCAACAUUAA